UAGGGUGUUUCGGUAAUACCACCCCUUUCCCAAGCCCUUAUUUAUCUCCGCUUUUCAUCUUACAUCUCAAACCCCCUUUCUGCCCUUUACACCACGCACUCCCGUUCCAACGCUCAUCACCCUCAGCGUCAACUCGCCGGCGACUCAGUUCCUGGCGUCUAACUUUAACAAUUUUUUUUAUAAAAUUUAUCCUCUUUUGAUCUUAUAAAUUGAUUUUGGUUUUUGAAGUUGAAGAGCGAUGGGGUCGGAGCUGAUAUACAGAGGCCAUGAGACUCAGACUGCUUCGGAUUCAUAUUCGCCCAAACCCGUUAAGCCAUGGGCCUCCGUUACCCGCCCGAUUCAUUAUCUGCUCCGAGAACAACGCCUUCUCUUCGUGCUCGUUGGCAUUGCGAUAGCCACUCUGAUUUUCACCAUCUUCCCAACCUCACGUCCUCCGGGAGUCCCCCGCCACCACCUUACCACUACGAUCCCUGAUUCAAUCACCUACUUCCCCAUCGAGACACAAAACAAGUUCUCCUACCCUCACCGCGUCGGGUUUGGAUCGGCCAAUCCGACCGGUAAGAUUCCCUUGGGGCUAAAGCGGAAAGGUUUGAGAAUCGUCGUAACGGGUGGAGCCGGGUUCGUCGGGUCCCACCUCGUGGACCGUCUUAUAGCGAGAGGAGACAGCGUGAUCGUGGUCGAUAACUUCUUCACGGGAAGGAAAGAGAACGUCAUGCACCAUUUCGGUAACCCUAACUUCGAGCUUAUCCGACACGACGUGGUGGAACCUUUACUCUUGGAAGUUGAUCAGAUCUAUCAUCUCGCAUGUCCCGCUUCUCCUGUUCAUUACAAAUUCAACCCCGUCAAAACUAUCAAGACGAAUGUGGUGGGGACAUUGAACAUGUUAGGGCUGGCGAAAAGAGUAGGUGCCAGGUUCUUAUUGACCAGUACCAGCGAAGUGUACGGAGAUCCUCUGCAACAUCCACAAAAAGAAACUUACUGGGGCAACGUUAAUCCCAUAGGUGUCCGAAGCUGUUAUGAUGAGGGUAAGCGUACCGCUGAAACGUUGACCAUGGACUACCAUAGGGGAGCUGGAGUUGAGGUUAGGAUUGCCAGAAUUUUCAAUACCUACGGACCUCGUAUGUGCAUCGAUGAUGGUCGUGUCGUUAGCAAUUUCGUUGCUCAGGCUUUAAGAAAGGAGCCCUUGACUGUGUAUGGUGAUGGGAAGCAGACAAGGAGUUUCCAAUAUGUUUCUGAUCUGGUGGAGGGUCUCAUGCGCUUGAUGGAAGGAGAACAUGUUGGACCGUUUAAUCUUGGAAAUCCAGGUGAAUUCACCAUGCUUGAGCUUGCUGAGGUGGUCCAAGAAACAAUUGACCCCAAUGCAAAGAUAGAGUUUAGACCCAAUACAGAAGAUGACCCACACAAGAGGAAGCCAGAUAUCUCUAGAGCCAAAGGGCUACUUGGUUGGGAACCCAAAGUAUCCCUCCGAAAGGGUCUCCCUCUAAUGGUUUCAGACUUCCGGCAACGUAUCUUUGGUGACCACAAGGAGGGCAGCAACGCCAACAAUGCAUCAUCUUAAGGUGCCAUAUAGACACUCACAGACAGGCCAAUCAAAUAUAUAAAUUGUUCAGUGGAAAAGAACUCCCUUUUCCACAUUGAAGCAUUAUAUAGUUAGCGGCAGCAGCAGCAAAUGAAGUCUCUUUAGAAUAGAUUUUGGAGGUUUCCCUUUUUGACAUGCGUUUCCCAACUUUGUGAUUUCCAUGGCUCUAUACAGUGAGCUUUCGAAUCUAAAAAUAACAUUUUAUCCUAUUUUUUAUGCAGUAGCUGACAGCUGCUUAUGUUCAACAGCAAUAGUGAAUACCCUAUGCAUUCCCAUACUCAUAUCUACAUUUAUAAUUCUUUUGUUUGCUUAUAUUAGUUUGUCUCAGAUUACUCUUACAACAAUUACUCCAGCUCUUUUGGUCAGUCCCUCGGUUUCUUUCCCCUUUUUCCUUUUCUCAACAAGGGUGCGGCCGUUUCUGUAAGAGUCUACUCCUUUUCAAUUAAAGAAGGAUUCAUGAAGUUUCUUGCUAGUAAAAUAUGGGAGAAUCUUGAUGUUAGUGACACCACGAAUGAAUCAGAAAAAAAAGAAGACAAAUUGGAUCUUACAAAAGCGACGGAUAUUCUAAUCUGUUUCCGUGAAUCAAAGAAAACUCUUACGAAAAAAUCUACACGAAG